GUGAUAACAUGGCGACACUGCCAACAGGGCACCUUCGAUCGAUGGGCUGCUGUCAACAAUUUUUUUCUAAAAUAUUUAUAAAAUAAAUCGUAUCCGAUAUAGUGGUUUCUAUCCAACAGCCCGAGCUUUGUACACGUCAAUGAAUUAUUACAGCCACCUGCCCGCAUCGUUUAACAAAGAAUAGUGAGAGUGAAAGUGUAUUGUGUGCGCCUUAGUUUUGUGAUAGUGACGGGGCUGGUUUCGGUGGAAGCAUAUGUGAUCGGCUCCCUGCCGAAUGUUACGUAAGGUGUGGUAGCGCGCGGCAUGUCGUGGAUGAAGCAACGGCAGGGCGCGGGCGCGCCGCCGCCCGUGCCCGAGCGGCAGCCCUACGCGGCGCCCCAGGCACAGCCAUUUGGGAACCAGCAAAGCAUGUACCCAAACUAUCAAGGUGGGACUGGUAAUCCUCAACAACAGUAUUGGCAGAUGCCUCAGCCUCCUCAGCAAGCCCAGUUCAACCAGCAAUAUGGACAAACUUACCAACAAGACUAUCCAGCCAAUGCCAACCAAUUCUAUUCACCUCAAAAUCAAUAUAAUCAGAAUUACAAUCAGUACAACAAUCCUCAGCCAGGGUUCAAUAAUCAACAACAAACAUUCUAUCAGAAUCAACCAAUGCAACAACAGAAUUUUUCACAAAAAACUAAUUCAGAUGCUUGGGAAGACAACUGGGAUUGGGGGUGGGAUGAAGCAUCAAAGUUACAGGGUCAAAAGUCACAAACCAUGGUGCAACAUCAAGCAGCACCUCAACAACAGCAGCAACAGCAGCAACCACUGCAGCAACUGCCACAGCAACAACCUCAACAACAACUACAACAACCACCACAAUUGCAACAACAGCCAGUGUUUAACAAUGCUAAUGUAAUUGAAGAGAGUUUUGGUGGUAAUGACAGUUGGAACUGGUCUAUUGAAGAAAAGAGAGAGGCAAAAGAACCUGUCCCACAAGAAGUGGUUAAUAAGGAACCAGAUACAGUACCUGUCAGUCAUCCGCAUGUGAAUAGCAUAGAUCAUGAGCCCCAUGUUGUAAACAGUGUGCCAGAUGUUAAUCAACAUGGUGAAGAAGUUAAAUCACUGAGUGAUAGAGAAGCUGUAAAGGAACGUUUACCAAAUUUAGCUUUAGGAAAACGAUUCCAUUUAGAUAAUUUAACACCUCAGUGGUCAAUAGAGUCCCAAAUGUCCCAGGAGUCUAGUGAUGGACCCUUAACUCAGUCUGAAGGCACUUAUAGAAGUGAAAAUCAGUCUAGAAACUCGAGUAAAAGUAGUCCAGGAUUAAAUACAGAUAACUCUAAUUUUAAUUACUCUCAACCUGGGUUGGACGAAUAUCAUCAAAAUAGUGAGUGGUCAAAAUCAGAUGACCUCACAUUGGCAGACAGUCUUCAAAACAGUAGCAGACGUCAGAGCCAUGAUGAACUGGCAAAUUCAAUGCAAGAGAUGAGGUUAAAUAAUCAUGAGAAUUCUGUGCAACUGACACACGAAUCAGUUAACGUACACGAAAAUGUUGUGGCAGCACAUCCGCCACCGGCGUUUUCGCCAGGAAAUUUUCCACCUCCUGUGUCUUCAAACUCACAAUCUUUGCCUCCUCAAGCACCAGCGCCAGUGAGUCUUCCUCCGCCGCCGUCUAUACCACGACCACCGUCGUCAUCUGGAUCAUUGCCUAGGCCACCUUCUUCCAACUCUCUUCCACGCCCGCCUUCCUCCUCUGCCCCAUUACCGCCAUCUUCAAGUGCAACUUUACCUCCCCCACCUAUUUCAUCAGCAACGGUAUCGCCUCCAGCGGUGUCUGCAUCAUUACCGCCUCUUUCCGCCGCCAAUUUCCCCCCACAAACCUCUUCUAACAACCCAUUCAAGCAUGCUGGGCCAUUUUCACAUAAGUCUACAUCAAAAUCUAGUGCAAGUCACAUGCAGUUCCCUGCGCCCAUGUCCAAUACGACCAUAGCUGCGCCAACAGUGGUAAACAAAGUAUCACAGCAUAGAUUGCCGGUGGGAUUCGAGGCUAAUUUAGAGACAACUCCAGAUAAUUCCGAGAGACCUGAUCAACCACAAAUGUCUGCUUUUAGACCGAUGCCUGUCACUCAUCAGGUUCCCGACAAUUUGGAAGUCGCGCCACAAAAUGAUAGAAAUGAAUACUUACAAACGGCGCACUUGUCUGGCAGUGAUUAUGGUGAAAAUACGGACUUCAGUCGUAAUGUACCGCCUCCAGGAUUACGCAGGAUGGUUGUGGGCCAACAAGAGUCCGAGUAUAGUCAGAGUUUGAAUAUAUCUGGCGACGAGCCUCCUCCAGGCCUUGCUCGCAUGGUUCCAGGCCAGCAGACUGAGGCUGGCAAUGUCUAUAAUCAGUCCAGUGGUAAUUACAUGGACCGCCAUAUAGACGGGCAGCCAACUGAUAGCAGUAACAGCGGCCGCUACAGACAGGCGGACGGUCAACAAACACCGGACAACUAUACUCAGCCUUCCUCUGGCGCGGGAACCGAUAGGAGACCUAUUGGCUUAGAUAGAAUGGUUCCCGGUGAGCCUAGUAAUGAUGAAUACUCUCAGUAUUCUAGUACUAAUUAUGGAGGUAAUGAACAAAGGGUUGUGACCGGCGUCGACCAUGACUUCGGUCUGACAAUCGACGCUGGCCCAUCAGAUAUCAGAGAACAAAACGUCGACGGGUCAGACUAUUCUGAACAAGCAUCCAGAAAUCCACCAAGAAAUGUCAUAGGUACACGGGAAGCUAAUGACGUUACUCCAGACUUUGUAGGACCGCCAGAGGAGAACCAAAGGGAGGGCAUAAUGGAAGGAGAGAACCUGCAAGAUUUAAGCAUCAUAACAUCGUCAGAACUGGCGUACUCCCGGGAACAAAUGCUGGAUGGCGCCGACAUAGUCGUAACCGACGCUGGAAUCGAUAGGAAAACCGACAUUUCCGACUCCAUGGACCACCCUGCCACCAGCUCCAGGAGACAGUCUCUGAAUCGCGCGAAUACUUCUGGUGAAGAUUCUGAGAGGGACAGAACGUUUAAGUCAUCCCCAAGGAGAGACAGACACAAGCCAUCUAGAGAUCGAGACAGAGACAGAGAUCGGGAGAGGGAGAAGGAUAGUAGAUAUCCAAGAGACGACAAAAAAUACGAAAGGGAUGAUAGAAGAGCGGGCAGGGACGAGAGACGCCCGGAGAAGGAACGGAAAGAUAGGGACAGGGCCCGCGAUCGGAGGGAAAGGGAUGAGAGUCCCGAGUCGCGCCGCUACCGCCGCAGCACCAGGGGCCACCGGUACGAGACCGAGGACACCGACUACUACAGCGACAAGGAGAGGGACCGCAGGCGUUACAGAGAAGGCUCGUAUACGUCAUCGCGUCCGCCUCGGCCUGACGACAAGGAGCGUCGCGGCGACGAGCGCGGCCGGCGCUACAACACGAUCGAGCGCGACCGACGCUACGACGACGAGUGGGACGGUAGCCGCAGCCGCCGCGGCGACCGGCAUCGCGACCGCGACCGCGACCACGACCGCGACCGCUACGGCCGCUACCGCCCGAUCGACCCCACCAGGAAGCACGGCAACCUGAGGAGGGACAGGGAGGAAGACAGAAGGCGAGUUGUGACGUUUUCGAGCGAUGCAAAAACUAAUGAUUGUAACAGAGAAGCAGGCGAUCAGUUCUCGUCGCCGUCGCGGCCGGACUCGCGCGAGGCGACCGUCACCGACGACGACCUCACCGAGUCGCGGCGACGCUCGCGCCGGCAGAGGACCGCGGACCCCUACUACGAUGGUUACGGCGGCGGCGGGUACUCGGACCCGUACCUGGUGCAGCGGCAGCAGUACCAGUACUACGAGCACCUGCGCCUGACGGACCCCGCGGCCUACAUGGCGCUGUACAAGCAGCUGAUGGCGGGCCAGCCGGCGCCCGCGCACUACCCGCCCAACGUGCAGCGCCUCUACGGGGAGGGUUACUCGGGGCUGUACGAGGGCGAGGAGCGCGGCAGCGUGCACUCGGGCCGCUCCAGCACCACCGGCCUCAAGGGCAACGACACGUACUACGGCGCGUACGCGCGCGACGCGGCCGGCUCGCUGCGGGACGCGCCGUCGCUGCGCACCGACCUGUCCGACAGAGACCUGAACACGGACGCGUCGCUGAACCUGCAGCUGGAGGAGUCCACGGUGCGCUCCGAGCGGAUGACCCCGUACCGGUUCUCCACCGCGCAUGUCAAGGGCAGCAUCUCGUCGCGGCACAUCGUGGUGGUGCGUCCGUCGUACCCGGCGGACGGGCUGCCGGCCACAGUACAGGUGGUGUCGCUGAGCGCUGCGCUCGCGCACGACCCGCACGUCGCCGAGCUCGCCGCCUACCCGGGACCGCUCGUUAAAGGCGUGACGCACAAGCAGAGCGUGAUGUCGUACUGCGCGGCGCGUGCGCGGGAGAGCUGCGCGCGCGACCCGCUCGGCCACGUGCUCGUGUGGCAGCUCCUCGCGCUGCUGCUCAAGCAGAACGGGGUAGUGGUUGGUUCGGACAUAGCUGAGCUGCUGAUGAAGAACACGCGCGAGUAUGAAUACAAGCCAACGGCAGCGAAGAACAACGCGCACAAUGAGAGCCGCCGCGAGUCGUCUGUCUCGGGCGAGAUGCGUGACGAUGAAGCGAGAAGUUCUUCGCCGGACCAACCCUCGCUCUCCACAUCCGAUAUAACCCAUCAAGAGUCCCCGAGCUCUCCCGGACAGUCCGUGAUGGAUGAAAAGGCUGCCCUGGACAGGCUGCGCGAAUUCCUCAUCUAUGGGAACCGGAUGGAGGCGAUAGAGUUCGCGAUGUCGCGCGGGCUGUGGGGGCACGCGCUGCAGCUGGCCGCGCACGCGCCGCGCCGCACGCGCGCGCUCGUGUCCGCGCGCUUCGUGGCCUCGCUGCCGCGCGCCGAGCCGCUGCACACGCUCUACGCCGCGCUCGCCGGCGCCGCGCCGCCCGCCGCCACGUGCGUGGCGGACGAGCGGUGGGGAGACUGGCGUCCACACGCCGCCAUCUUGCUCGCCAACGCGACCGCGCGCCCCGACCAGGACCAGCGCACGCUCACGCAACUUGGCGACAGUUUAUCCUCCCGUGGGUUGCUAUACUCGGCGCAAUUCUGCUACCUGUCGGCGGGUGUGCCGUGGGCGCGACACCCGUUGGCCCCGCUGGCGCCGGCCGGCCCGACACCCGCCACGCCGCGCCUGUCGCUGUUGCUGGCGGACCCCAAGAUGACCACACUGGCCCAGUUCGCCACCAACACAGCUAUCUUCGCCACCGAGAUAUACGAGUACGCGCUCUCGCUCAAUCAGGACUAUGUCAUCACUGAGUUACAGGUGUACAAGCUGCUGAUGGCGACGCGGCUGGUGGACGCGGGGCUGUACGAGCGCGCGCUGGGCUACGCGGAGCAGGCGGCGCGAGCGCUGACCCGCGCGCCGCAGCACUACUCGCCCGCGCUCGCCUGCAGCCUCGCCGAGCUUGCCGACAGGUUGAAGUACCACGACCCGACGCUGCAGGAGGACCCGCCGCUGCUGGACGAGGGUCCCGAGAGCGGCGAGCCAUCCCCGCGACACCACCAGCAGUGGCUCGAUGACGUCAAGAACGUCGCGCACAUGCUCAACGCGGAACAGUCCGCGUCGCAGGUGACGCCGCAGCACCAGCCCUACGGCUACGCGCAGAACCAGCAGUACGCAUGGGGAGACCAGGCGCAACAGUACCAACAACCGGUACAGCAGACGUACGGCGAGCCCACAGAAGAGACGCCGGACUACGCGGCGCAGUACUAUAACCAACAAGUGCCGCAAGUGCCGCAACAAGUCCCGCAACAACACGCGCAGCAGGAGCCCGAGCAGCCCGCCUACCCGACGUACGGCGAGGACUGGCACCGGACGGAAGAACACCACGCGCAGUCCUACGCGGACCCGUACUGGCAGGGGGACAACACCUACGCAUAUGGGGAGCGAGCCGCACGCCCGACCCGCGGCGGGCCGGCCCCCGUCCCCGGCCCCGCAUCGGUCCCGUCCCCCGCGCCCGCGCCGCCCCUGCCCGCGCCAGCGCCCGCCGCUCCCCCCGCGCCGCCCGCCGCCCGCGCCCCUCCCGCGCCCAAGUCCGCCGACGCGUUCGAGCUGGUAGAAUUCCACCGGUCACCAGCGCUGCGUCGUAGAAUACACCCCAAGCCGGAUGCCAUCAACGUGGGCUUCGCUGAAGACAGCUUCCGAGCGCCCACCACCCGACAGAGGACGGUGUCGCGCGGUAGUAGCGUCGACUCUGCCGGCAGCAAGUCUUCCCUAAAAAAGAUGCAGCUCUCGGAUCUCGACAUUCAGAUAGCGCACAGUCCACAACUAGGCACGCCGGCCCGUCCGGACAAACCGAAAACUAUGUACUCGACGGAAAAAACGCCGUACGGGCGCGUUAUAUCGCACACAGUAGAUUCGUGGGCGCGGCAGACGGUGCACGUGAAAGACGGCGUGUACAAACCACUGAUAUUCGGCGGCACAUAUCCCAUAGAGGUGCCGGCGUCGCCGCCUGAACAGCCCGUAAAUACGAUACCACAUGUUGACGUAAAGAGCACUUUGGAUCCGGAGACGCAUCGCCGCGAGCUGCGAAAGACCAUAGAGAAGAGCCUGGACAAGUUCGAGGAGAUGAUGUCCAAACGCUCGCUGAGUACGGACGCGCGGCGCAAAGCGUUCGGCAAGCGCACCGUGCAGACGUUCGACAUCGACGCGCCCGCGGAGCUGGUGGCGCUGGAGCGGCGCGCCCGGCGCGACCCCGACCACAAGUGCUACAUGUCGGGCCCGACCACGUUCGACAUCGACGAGCCCGUCUCCUUCAUAUAACGCGCGCGCACGCGGACUCGUCAAGUCUACACUCUGUGAUACAUAACGAUCUGAUUUUAAAUUAUUUACAUGUUGAAAAAUAUCAAAAUGUUGAAAAAAAUCGAUUUAGUGUCGGCAGCGGAUUUCGUCAAAUUUAAUAUUUGGUAUAUUCGCAGACGGUGGCGUUUUUCGGUAAUUAUUUUGUUUAUUAUAUUAUGUAAUUUCUAAAAAAUUGGAAUAGAGUUUUUCUCUAAUUCAUAUUAUUGGCGUCUGGCGUCCGUUGCCGAUUUUAUUCAUGACAAUUUGUUAGCUUUUAUAUAUUAGUUGUAUUUUGUUUAUGUUAUCGGUGUUAUUAUUGUUGUAGCUCUAAAUAGGCGAUAUAUUAUUGUUUAGAAAAUACGUGUGAUUUUUAUGUCGUACAAAUCAUAGAAACUGAAGUAAGGAACCAGGUCGAAUAACAGAGGGAGAAUGGUGAUCAAUAAAUAUUUACAAAAUAUUUAAAAAAAAAAAUUGCAUCUCUAAAUAUGGCAUAGAAUCCAACUGAAAGUGAAACAUGGAAUACAAAAUAUUUCGAAGACAACAUGCAACAAGAACAACGUCACAUACUCUAUUGAAAAACCUGAAGCAAACCGUUAUUACAAGAGAUCCUAAAUAUCACGGAGUACGAGAGGACGUCACAUGUUACGACUUAUUACCAAUAACGACACACGACACGCGCGCAUUUACAUCAUAACAGACACGCUUUCACGAGUGUGCUUUGUGUUGUUAUGUUUAACGUAGGCGUCAGUGGCGACGUUAGAGACGAGUGGCGGGCGCGGCGGACACUACUUGAUCUCUUUCAUAAAGAGGGGUAAACACGACUCCAAGGGAGGAAAAGGAGUCAUUUAGAUUGAGAUUAUUGCAUUAUGGACAAACCGAUUUUUUCUUCAAAUUAUGUUAUCUUCUAAUCAAAUUGUGUUAUCUUUAUUUUAUUAGUAAUUAAAUGACGAAACUGACUAUAAAUCGCCAUCUGUAAUAUGAAUUAUAAAAUGAGGCACGAGAUAUGCCCGUCACCCUGAGGCUAGGGUGUUAUCCAAUAAAUGCUUCGUGAUUUAUAAAUUCAUGACAUUAUUAUCUUUACAUAGCAAUACAAAACAGUCCAAUUAUCUAAAUAAUCUCAAUCUAAAACAAUAUAUAUUUUCACCCCUUAGGUUCGACCCGUUUUACUCUCGGGUUGCAUUUUUCUUUAAACCAAAGUUAUAACCAGUGGGGCUGUCGGGCCGGGCGCUGCACGCUCUAACGAUGCCACUGCGCACUGUUUUGUUUCAUUUCUUUUAGUGCAUUUUAGAUGGAAUAUUUUUAGUGAAUGCUAUUGUUUUAUUCGUGAAUCUCAUAUCAUAUCUUCUGAAACUAAUGAAAUUUUUCACCUUUUUUUUAUUCAAAUUGAUGUUUUGUUUCCUAUUUUCGCUUACAUGAACAAUUUUCACACGUGAUGUGUAAUUAUUGCAACAUAAAGUUACACAGUGCAAGCUACUAACUUGACAUUGUAUAGUCACUGCUAUGGGUUACUCGCAUGUAGCUCGACUUGCUCCUGCCGUCUCUUAAUGAUGGAUUGCGGAAAAUGGGUGAAUUUAACUGCCGAAUUAGUAAUGAAAUGGUGCUAGGAAACGGGAAAUAUAAAAACGAAACUUUUAUAGAAUAUGGUAUUCUAUAUUGAUCGUCUAGUGGUGAUAAAACUACCAUAGCCAUACGAUGUGACUGACCAGGUUAGUUCGCAUGCUAGCUCGCACCGUGUAACCUCCCUAAAACUUUUACAGUUAGCGACAAAGGCGUGUAAAAUUUGUUACAAAUUGGAUGGUACAUAUUUUUUUUUCGCGCGGUAGUCUUAUAAUGAUGUUUUCAGAAGUUUAUGAAUUACCCACAUUCAAAAUAAACCCGAAUACUUGUAUGGAACCCUGUCCUGAUACUUUGUUGUUAUUUUUAUUGUACUCUACCCCCUUACUUAUUCCGCUUACAUGCAGGGCGAAGAAACAUCAAGUCUAUUUCCGUCGCAUGAUGUUACAAACAACCCUAAAAUUGCAAUAUGAUUACAAAUGAUAUUAUUUUUGGGCAUAUAUUUUAUAAGCCCGAAAAUAAAAGGAAAUGUAAUAGUGAACUCUUCAAUAAUAUAUAUAAGUGAGGGGGUUUAUUAACAGCAUAAAACCUUGUAUUCACUAGGCAAUAUUGCACUCGCAACACGUCACUUUCAACAAGUCUGAUAUUAAAUGCCAUUAUGGCUGGAUAUCGAUUGUAAAAAACCUAGCUGUAUAACCUCACUACGAAUCGCGUUCAGAGGGCAGCUGUAUCACUAGUUCAUUUUAUUUUUCUCGUUUGUGGAAAUUAUUUUAGCUACACUGCACUAAGUUAGAAUGGUCACAGUCUUGCCAGUAUAUGACCAGUUGUUGCCUAGUGUAUGCAAGACAUAAUUUAACUCUCUAUAUGAUUAUUUUUUUACGUUACUUUGCUUUCUUACGUUAAUUUUACGUACACUUAUUAAGCACGCUUUCAACAUAUUUUUUCGGCGCUCAAUUUGCAUUCCUUCCCGCCGCACUGACGCCAAGAUAUCACGAAACGGUUUUUGCGUUGUUUAUUUUUAUUGCCACCUCAUUGUUAUUUAUUUAUUCC